UCGGUGGGCGUGAUAGCCAAUAGGAGCAGGGAGAGGGGUCCCGGGACUAGGAAGAAACGGCGGCCGGGAGGGGGCUACUGGGACCAUGGGGCUUCUGACCAUUCUGAAGAAGAUGAAGCAGAAAGAGCGGGAGCUGCGACUGCUCAUGCUAGGCCUGGACAAUGCUGGCAAAACAACCAUCCUCAAGAAGUUCAACGGGGAAGACAUCGACACCAUCUCCCCGACACUGGGCUUCAACAUUAAGACCCUGGAACACCGGGGAUUCAAGCUGAACAUCUGGGAUGUGGGCGGCCAGAAGUCCCUGCGGUCCUACUGGCGGAACUACUUUGAGAGCACCGACGGCCUCAUCUGGGUGGUGGACAGCGCCGACCGCCAGCGCAUGAAGGACUGCCAGCGGGAGCUCCAGAGCCUGUUGGUGGAGGAGCGCCUGGCUGGAGCGACCCUCCUCAUCUUUGCCAAUAAGCAGGACCUACCCGGAGCGCUGUCCUCUAACGCCAUCUGUGAGGCCCUGGAGCUGGACUCCAUCCACAGCCACCACUGGUGCAUCCAGGGCUGCAGCGCCGUCACCGGGGAGAACCUCCUACCUGGCAUCGACUGGCUCCUGGAUGACAUUUCCAGCCGCGUCUUCACGGCCGACUGAACCACUCCAGAUGUCCCCCCCACCCGCCCCCACACCUCACAGUCCAGCCCCCUCCCCCGGCCCUCAUCAGGCACCAUCCACGGGGGGGAUGGCAGUCGGCCAGCCUGACUAACACCCCCCGCCCCACUCCGUAACCUGCUGCUGCUAACACUACCCACUGCUUCUCGGCGGCCGGCUCCCGUGGCCGGAGGGCUGCUGCCCUGGCUGUCACCCUGGCUCCUGACCCGGCCCGCCUCCGGAGGAGAGGGCUGGGGCUGGGAGGGGGCCGCCUCUGCUGCUACCAAGGCUGUGGGCCUCAUCCUUUGCUCAGCUGUGAGAAUAAACCGUUCCCCGCCCCA